GAUCUGGAAAUCAAAAGUGCUACGUAAGCUGAUUCAUCGUCACUCAAACUGAUCUCUCAGUUCAUAUCUCAAUGUUGCCAGAACUGCGGCCGUUUUGGACACGUUGCCCGAGUUUGCCCUGGCAGCGGCGCUGGUCUCGGGCUAGGCUUUCGUGCCCCACCCCCGGGACGUGGUCUGAAUAUGUCAGCCUUGCCCCCUGUCAAAUGUUAUCGUUGUGGAGGGCCAAAUCAUAUGGCAAGGGAUUGUCUCGCAACCCUUGGAACCACAGUUGCGGACGGGGUACCCACCGGGACCAAUGCCAAUGCCAAUAAGAACAAGACCUGUUACAAGUGCGGGCAAGAAGGACACAUCGCAAGAGAAUGCAGUGACAAUGCAGAGUUUACUGGGUGAUAGUUCUUCCUGCGUAUCAGUCUUUCCUCUUUUUAAAGAGAAUUGUACUUGCGAAGAAGCCGAUGAAAAUCCACACCGGCUGUCUACACAACAGUUAAAUUAUUCAAAUGAUAUUGGCCACGGUACAAACUUCAAUUUUUGG